UUUUCUCCAAGUCAACGCCACGGACUAGCGUUAGUUAUUAAGGUUCUGGAUAAGACAAUGAAGGUAGUUUUUUGAACGAGUUUUAUCGCCAUAUGCGGCAUUUGACGACAACUGAUAACGGGAAUUCCGACGCAUUGCACGUUAAGAUUUAUAGCGCCAAUUCCAGCAGGCGCGUGACUCAAGCCGUACGGUUACCGGGCGGGUGAACUCCGUGAUUCCCACCACGAGCCGGUGCUGGACAAGCCGACCCGCCAACCGGGAGAAGAGCGAGCGGGAAACGCCGUGUUUGUUUGGCUGUUGUUGGUCGGUGGCGCGAGGAGCAAUGCGUGUGUUUCUGCUGGCGGUGCUCCUCUCGUGCUCCUGCGCGCGGGCCGGCUGCGAGCCGAAGAUAGUGAACAUCGGGGCCGUCCUGAGCCAGAAGAGGUACGAGCAGGUCUUCAAAGAAGCCGUGACCUCGGCCAACCAGAUAUACGGCCGGGACAAAUUCAAGCUCACCGCCAUCUCCGUAACGCAUAAACCCAACGCCAUCCAGAUGGCCCUCUCCGUCUGCGAAGAUCUCAUCUCCAGCCAGGUGUAUGCCAUCCUGGUGAGCCACCCGCCCCAGUCCAACGACCACCUGACGCCCACCCCCGUCUCCUACACCGCCGGCUUCUACCGCAUCCCCGUGGUUGGCCUCACCACACGCAUGUCCAUCUACUCUGACAAGAGCAUCCAUCUGUCCUUCCUUCGGACGGUGCCCCCGUACUCCCACCAGGCCCACGUGUGGUUCGACAUGAUGCGGGAGUUUCGCUGGAACCACAUCAUCCUCAUCGUCAGCGACGACCACGAGGGGAGGGCUGCCCAGAAGAGACUGGAGACCCUUCUGGAGGAGAGGGAGACCAAGGCAGAGAAAGUCCUCCAGUUCAGCCAGGAGACUAACUUAACGGCCCUGCUGUUGGAGGCCAAGGAGCUGGAGGCCCGCGUCAUCAUCCUCUCCGCCAGUGAGGAGGACGCGGCGGCGGUCUACAAAGCCGCGCGUCUCCUCAACAUGACGGGCUCCGGCUACGUUUGGCUGGUGGGCGAACGCGAGAUGUCGGGUAAAGCCCUGAGCGAGGCGCCAGACGGUCUCAUCGGCCUCCAGCUUAUCAACGGGAAGAACGAGUCGGCGCACAUCGCCGACGCGGUGGCGGUGGUGGCUCAGUCCAUCCAGGAGCUGUUUGAGAAGGAGAACAUCACAGAGCCCCCUAGAGGCUGCGUUGGGAACACCAACAUCUGGAAGACGGGGCCGCUGUUUAAACGAGUACUGAUGUCUUCCAAGUACCCAGAAGGCCUCACAGGAAGAGUGGAGUUCAACGACGACGGCGACAGGAAAUACGCUCACUACAGCAUCCUGAACUACCAGAAUCGCCGUCUCAUUCAAGUCGGCAUCUACAAUGGAACGCAGGUGGUGAUGAACAACCAGAGAAAGAUCAUCUGGCCUGGAGGAGAGACAGAGAAACCCAGAGGCUUCCAGAUGUCCACUCGUCUAAAGAUCGUGACCAUCCAUCAGGAGCCCUUUGUGUACGUGAAGCCCACCAGUCUGGACGGCACGUGUAAGGAGGAGAUGACGUUAAACGGGGUGUUAAUUAAAAAGGUGAUCUGCACUGGGCCCAAUGAAACCAUCCCAGGACGCCCAAUCGUACCGCAAUGUUGUUACGGGUUCUGUGUCGACCUGCUGAUCAAGCUGGCGAUGACCAUGAACUUCACCUACGAAGUUCACCUGGUGGCUGAUGGGAAAUUUGGAACGCAAGAGCGGGUGAAUAACAGCAACAAGAAGGAGUGGAACGGCAUGAUGGGGGAGCUGCUGGGCGGGCUGGCAGACAUGAUCGUGGCCCCGCUCACCAUCAACAACGAAAGGGCCCAGUACAUAGAGUUCUCAAAGCCCUUCAAAUACCAGGGCCUCACCAUCCUUGUUAAAAAGGAAAUACCGCGCAGUACGCUGGACUCGUUCAUGCAGCCGUUCCAGAGCACACUGUGGCUACUGGUGGGUCUGUCGGUGCAUGUGGUGGCGGUGAUGCUUUACCUACUAGACCGGUUCAGCCCGUUUGGAAGGUUUAAAGUGAAUAGUGAAGAGGAAGAAGAAGACGCCCUCACCUUAUCGUCUGCCAUGUGGUUCUCCUGGGGAGUGUUGCUGAAUUCUGGAAUAGGAGAAGGAGCACCGAGGAGCUUCUCAGCGAGAAUCCUUGGUAUGGUGUGGGCCGGAUUUGCCAUGAUAAUAGUGGCUUCCUAUACUGCCAACCUGGCUGCCUUCCUGGUGCUGGACCGGCCUGAGGAGCGCAUCACCGGCAUCAAUGACCCGAGACUGAGGAACCCCUCGGAUAAGUUCAUCUACGCCACGGUGAAGCAGAGCUCUGUGGACAUCUAUUUCCGGCGGCAGGUGGAGCUUAGUACCAUGUACCGCCACAUGGAGAAGCACAACUAUGAGAGUGCCGCCGAGGCCAUCCAGGCCGUGCGUGACAACAAGCUGCAUGCUUUCAUCUGGGACUCAGCGGUGCUGGAGUUCGAGGCCUCGCAGAAGUGCGACCUGGUGACGACGGGGGAGCUGUUCUUCCGUUCGGGCUUUGGCAUAGGCAUGCGAAAGGACAGCCCCUGGAAACAGAAUGUGUCCCUGGCCAUUCUCAGUUCUCAUGAGAACGGCUUCAUGGAGGACCUUGAUAAAACCUGGGUGAGGUACCAGGAGUGUGACUCAAGGAGCAAUGCACCAGCCACACUGACCUUUGAAAACAUGGCAGGGGUCUUCAUGCUGGUGGCUGGCGGGAUUGCUGCAGGGAUCUUCCUAAUCUUCAUUGAAAUUGCCUACAAGCGUCAUAAAGAUGCCCGCAGGAAGCAGAUGCAGCUCGCCUUUGCGGCAGUCAAUGUAUGGAGGAAGAACCUGCAGCAGUAUCCCCCGACCGACAUCACUGGGCAGCUCAACCUGUCGGACCCUUCGGUCAGCACAGUGGUGUAGCCAAGGAGAGAGAGAGAGAGAGGGACUUUCACUCCCUGGAGAGAGAGGAAGAGAGAGAGACAUUCGCUCCCUGGAGAGAGAGAGAGAUGUACGAUGGAGAAGAUGACGAGGAUGACGAAGAGGA